AUGAAUGCGCUGUCACGGCGGGAGGAGGAUACUCUCUUGAAAACGGCGAAAGCCAAGGCGCUUCAGGAGUGUGAUCCAAUAGUGAAAGAAUUCGCCGACUGUGCAACAGGUCGUGUAUUCUCGGUUGCAUGGCAAUGUCGAGACAAAUAUAAAGCUGUGCAGGAAUGCAUGCUGCAAUAG